CUUCCCCAAUCCCACCCACCCCUGCUUCCGGCGCCGCCAUCUGCUAUCCCGCCGCACCGCACCCAGCCACCGGAGCAGACCGCCUCUUCCAACUGAAACCAUGUCCACUACCAAGGCGUCGUCCUCCCAGCGUCCGCGUCGAGGAUCCGGACGCCCCGCCAAUGUCCUCUUCAACAUCGAGGCCGUCUUCGGCAUCCACAACAGCAGCACCACCGCCGAAGAUCGCACCCGGAAUGGGAAGGCCAUCCAGGUCUCUUUCUGCCUCAAGCGCCCACCGCAACCGUCCACACUCUACGUGUACAGCUCCGAUCUGAACCGGUCCUUGCCCCCGGAGAUCCUCUACUCGGUGGACGACCUCCUCCUCCUCCGCGUCAACAUGGGGUCCGGGCCCUGUGACUCGCGUGGCAGGGACUACGACUACUUCGUCUACCGGGCCGACUCCACCCGUCCGUCGCUCGAGCUGCUGCGGCGCCCGCACCCCCACCUCUCCAGCUCCUCCGCCGGCCUCCUUCCUCGUCCGGAUGGCCAUUACACCGUCGCCGCGUUGAAUUUCACGGGCACCGUUCACCAGUUCGAGCUCCAUUUGUUCCACUCCGACACCUCGACCUGGAUCAGCAGGAUGCUGUCGGUGGACGCGCCGCUGGAGGACUUCCCGGUGAAAGUUCCCAGGAACUGUGACCGGCUUUUUGACCACCAUACAACCACCGUGAUCACCAUCGGAGGUGAAGGUGGGACCAUGGGAUGGGUCGAUCUUUGGCGUGAGAUCCUGCUCUGCGAUGUGCUCGUCGGCCAGCCCUCCCUCCGCAGCAUGCCGAUUCCUUUGCCAUUGGUGGAGAUGAGCUACAACAACGGGCGGGGGGUCGAGUUGGGCAACCCAGCGCAACGCCGCGGCAUCGCCUUCAUCAGAGGCAAGGGAUGUCUCAGACUUGUUCAUUUGGAAAUCACUGAGGAACGUCUUCCGGAAAAUGAUGCUGAAACAGGGUUUAUUUCCGUCAGAGUCGAUGACUGGGCGCUCACCACAUGGAGCAACAAGGAGAUGAGCAGCUCCCUGGAGGAUUGGCACAAGGAAUCCGUGGUCAAAGCUUCAAGCAUAGCGAUUGACCCAGCGAUUUCACAGGCUCUGGAGGACACCGGAUUGCUGCGUAGACCACGGGAAAAUGAGGCUGCAACAGAGUGGCAAAACCUGCAGAACCUCUCGAUGUCUCGGCCCUCUCCUUGCAUCAGUGGUGAAGAUAUCGUUUACUUGGUGGCCAGGGAGAAGUUUAUGCACCCGAAGGCAUGUAUUCUUUCUGUUGACAUGAAGAAUGGAGGUAGGCUACGGUCUGCAGCUUACUUCUGCACUCGAAGAUACCGUGGUCUUGAUGUCAUCUAUUGCCCUAGUAGAAUGUCCAAGUACAUGAAUCCAGCCACUACCCCAGUAACAGUUCGGAAGGAUGCUGAAGAAUGAGCAUGAAGAUGGUGCGGUGGAGUUGAUUAUGAUACCAAAGAUGAUUUACGCUAAUCUACAUUAGUGUUCAUGGUGAUCUCGUGAAUCGUGAUGUCAGCUUCGAUAUGUAUUUGAGUUAUAAGACUGGAAUGCUUAUGCUUGUGGAUUUCCUUUUGUGUCCAUCAAACCAACUUAUGUGGUCACGAAAUCACUGUUAUGGAUUCUCGGAUUUUUAGAUCGUUUUUU